GCAACAGUUCACAGUUGGCGGACGACAGCCACCGACUAGACUCCACAAUGAACAAGUUUGUUCUGAUCGCCGUGGUGGGAUGUUCGCUUGGUCUUCUGAUGCAAGCUGUUUUAUCGGAAGGUCCAUUCGAGUCAGCAGUUCAGUACGAGCAAGGAAACGAUUUUCCUGUCAGGGAUGAAACAAGUGACUACGUCGCCCAGGAAGAUGAACUGAAUGAUGAGAGCGCCUUCGAAGACGAGGAUGAAGAAGACGAAGACGAAGUGGAUGACGAAGAAGAUUCUGAAGGAAACGAUGAGUUACAAGAAGAUCCAAGACCAAACCCGUUUUGGGGCCGCCGCCGGAAGCCGAGAAUCCCAAUUCCACGAAUUCCGAAACCAAGAAUCCCAAUUCCACGAAUUCCGAUACCAAGAAUCCCAAUUCCACGAAUUCCGAAGCCAAGAAUCCCAAUUCCACGAAUUCCGAAACCAAGAAUCCCAAUUCCACGAAUUCCGAAACCAAGAAUCCCAAUUCCACGAAUUCCGAAGCCGAGAAUCCCCAUUCCUCGUAUUCCGAAACCCAGAAUACCCAUCCCAAGAAUUCCUAAGCCAAGAUUUCCAUGGGGAAAGAAAAAGUAACACUGAUCCAGCUCAGUCGACCGGUUUUAAGAUUUCCUGUCAAGUAAAUGGUUAGAGCGAUUGUAAUGGUGUUUUAAGGGAUUUCUAAAAAUAACACGUCACUUGCUUCGAGUAUUUUGUGUUUAGAUGCGUGAUAUAUGCAGCUUUCGUAUUCUUAUGAUAUUAUAUAUCUCAGGCCUUGCAUACGGUGGCUGCGGUCACAGUACGAGCAGCAGUGAAAAACGAGCUAUCCCGACCGAAACGACAGAAUAACAGUCUUUUUCGCUGCAGCAAAUAAAAAUAGAGACAAUGCUCAA